UCACGAAACAAUUGAUUUGAAGAAAUAAAAUCUUUCUUCAAAUCUUCCACAUCAGAUCUUCACUUCACUAAAACCUCUUCAAAACGACACCGUUCAAAUGCUCCGUUCUCUCACUUCCAAACGCAGCUCUCUCCAAUCCCUCCUCAACCACCACACUCGCCUCCACCGUAACCCGUUACUCCUCACCACACCCUAUAAUCCCCGCCUCUUCUCUUCUACUACCCCGGGCCCACCAUCAUCCGAUGCGGAACUCCGCAAGUACAUAGGAUACACCCUACUCUUCUUAGGCUGUGGUGCCGCUACAUACUAUUCUUUCCCUUUCCCCGAAAACGCUAUUCAUAAAAAAGCUCAGUUAUUCCGUUACGCCCCAUUACCUGAUGAUCUUCACACUGUAUCUAAUUGGAGCGGGACCCAUGAGGUUCAAACCCGGACUUUUUUACAACCCGAAUCGAUGGAAGAACUUGAAAGGAUAGUUAAGGAUGCCAAUGUUAAGAAGCAGAAGAUUCGGCCUGUCGGGUCGGGUUUGUCACCCAAUGGGAUUGGGUUGACCCGUGCUGGGAUGGUCAAUUUGGGCUUAAUGGAUAAGGUUUUGAGUGUGGAUAAGGAGAAGAAAAGGGUUACUGUACAAGCUGGGAUUCGGGUUCAGCAACUUGUGGAUUCUAUUAAGGAUUAUGGGAUUACUCUUCAGAAUUUUGCGUCGAUUAGAGAACAGCAAGUUGGUGGCAUUGUUCAGGUUGGUGCCCAUGGCACUGGUGCCAGGUUGCCUCCAAUUGAUGAGCAAGUCAUAAGCAUGAAAUUGGUUACCCCCGCCAAGGGCACAAUAGAAAUUUCAAAAGAGAAAGAUCCAGAACUCUUUUAUCUAGCUCGAUGUGGACUUGGAGGACUUGGUGUGGUUGCAGAAGUCACUCUUCAGUGUGUUGAGAGGCAGGAGCUUGUAGAACAUACUUUCCUGUCUAACAUGAAAGAUAUCAAGAAAAAUCACAAAAAAUUCCUAUCUGAGAACAAGCAUGUCAAAUACUUGCACAUUCCAUAUACUGAUGCAGUUGUGGUAGUGACAUGCAAUCCUAUAUCUAAGUCGCAAGGUCCACCAAAUCAUAAACCUAAGUAUACCACAGAAGAAGCCUUGCAGCAUGUACAAGAUCUCUACCGGGAGUCGUUGAAGAAGUACAGAGUUGCUGAUUCUAGUUCUCCAGAUGAACUAUCAUUCACUGAACUGAGAGAUAAACUACUUGCGAUGGAUCCUCUCAACAAGGAGCAUGUAAUUAAAGUCAACAAAGCUGAGGCAGAAUUCUGGAGGAAAUCAGAAGGAUAUCGAGUAGGCUGGAGUGAUGAAAUUUUAGGCUUUGACUGCGGGGGCCACCAGUGGGUAUCAGAGACAUGUUUCCCUGCAGGAACACUGUCAAAACCUAGCAUGAAAGACCUGGAGUACAUAGAGGAAGUGAUGCAGCUCGUUGAGAAAGAAAGUGUACCUGCCCCUGCACCUAUAGAACAGAGAUGGACCGCUUGCAGCAAAAGUCGAAUGAGUCCAGCUUAUAGCUCAGCGGAUGAUGAUAUAUUCUCAUGGGUUGGAAUUAUUAUGUAUCUUCCAACCAUGGAUGCUCGGCAGAGAAGGCAAAUCACUGAGGAGUUCUUCCACUACAGGCAUAUGACACAAGCACAGUUGUGGGAUCGUUAUUCUGCUUUUGAACAUUGGGCGAAGAUUGAGGUUCCUAAGGACAAGGAAGAGCUCGCAGCUCUGCAGGCAAGGCUAAAGAAGAAAUUCCCUGUGGAUGCAUACAAUCAAGCAAGAAAGGAGCUAGACCCGAACCGCAUCCUAUCUAAUAAUAUGCUUCAGAAGCUCUUUCCUUCAUCCGAGGCUGUGUGACUGGUUGUCCCGUUUAUGUCUCUUUGUUAGCAAUUCUUUUAUGUCACGUCUGUUUCAAAGAAAAUAUCAUGCGAGGAAAUUUUGCUCCUGUAUAUUGUUGUUCAGAAUGUUACGUCGAAGGAACUGUUAUAAUAAUGCUUGUCAUGUAUUCUAUAUGCUUGAGGCCAGUCCCCAACUUGACAAUUUAGGGAAGAAAUUGGGGGUCUAGCUGAGGCUAAUAAAUAAUUUAUAGCUUCAAUUCUGUUGUUUGAAUGAGAAAUAUGCAGUCUCUACGA